AUGCCCAGUAGCAUCUUCAGUGCCUGGCGGGCGAAAUCCAGGAAAGACGUCGAGCCAAGUUCCUCAGAAUCCCAAAAAGCCCGUGUUGAUGGGCCCGAGGAGCCUGGCGGCGGCGACAAUAUCUAUAACAAGCCUCUAAAUCCCAGUCAUGAGAGAUCCCCUUCUCAAAAUUCAGCAUCUUCACAUAUUACCCGGUGGCUGAAACCGAAACGGCGAAAGACCACUACCUCAACAUCUACGUUGACAAGGUGGGAAGAAUUGUCUGGCUGCAGACGUGCAUUCGUUCCACUAGAUACAGAAACCUUGAAUACUUCCCGCGCAGAUCUCAGCGAUGCAUUCCAUCAUGUUCGCGAAAGAUGGAAAGGCGACAGGAGCUCUUCAGGCAAAUCUGCGGCAGCCGUGUCAUGCUAUACCGCCAAUGACAGGAAGUCAUCCCAGACAACUCGAGACGACUACGAACAAGAGUCAGAUCCUGAGAUUUCAGCUCACAUUGUUGAGAAAGAUCCGCCACAACUCGCCCCUUUACCUGACUUGUCCGAGUGUAGCUUGGAAAGAUCAUCGACCUUGCGAGCUUGUAUAGAGAAGGCAUCUGACGACUUUGUUGUUGAGUACAAAUCGCAGCGGCGCUCGUCAAAAACGACUCUUCAUCAUGAACUGACUAGCCGACCGAGAAUCUAUACAGCACAGCCCAAGGCUUUACCGGUCGUUACACUUCGAUCUCUUGAGCGGAAGAAAAGGAUAAAAGGUAAGCCUCAGCCGUCUCGUGACGUGGCUUCGCACUCAAAGGACAAAACCCUUCCACAUUUGGAACCCGAUUUCAAAGCACGUUGGCUCGGUUUACCCAAAGAAGAGUUUCAAUGGGCUUCUGAAAAAUCUGUGAUCACCAGAUCCGAUCUCAAGCACGAUUUAGAACAGGUCUCACCUUCACGUUCUACCUCAAUCACAACUCUUCAGCUACCCCCUAAUGUUCUCGAAAAGCCACCCUUGUCCGAACAGAACGUUCAUUCCCUGCAAUCGGCCGCCUUUCAAUCUUCACCAAAGCCAGUUAUCCAAAAUCGGCUCUCAAAUCGAUUUUCGAGUCAGGGGAGCAACGUCACAUUCUCUAGCAUUAGUUUGAGCCUAUGUUAG